GAAAAUUCUCUCCUGAUGAGACUGAUGAUGAGGAAUCUGAGUUAUGCAUUGUGAAAAGCAAAUGCAAGGUUAUUUGUCCAAUAUGCACUAAGGACUUUCCUGAAGAUGAGAUCACAGUCCACGCAAGUCUGUGUGGGGAUAGCUUUCAAUGCAUGGUGCCUGAAGAAAAUGACCAAACUACAUGCACACCAACUCAAACUUCAGUAUGCACAACAGACAGCGUGGAAGAUGUAUUGCGUUGCCUUGAACAACAAGUCGACACCACAACAGAAUUUAAGUUGUGUGUGGACAGAGAAGACCUUCCAGACAGAGGCAUUCUCCAGUGGCAGAGAAAAAAAUCUGCAUCUCCCACCAGUGUUCUUAGGGUGGUUUUCAUUGGAGAGGCAGGCGUGGAUACAGGAGCACUUAGGAAAGAGUUUUUGAGUGACAUGAUUUCAGGUAUUGAAAGCAGAUUCUUUGAAGGACCUGAGAACAAGGGCAAAAACCCCAAGUAUUCUCUGACCGAUCUUGAUAAUGAAAACUUCAGAACUGUUGGUGAAAUAAUUGCAGUCAGCCUCGCCCAAGGAGGCCCAUCUCCUGCCUUUUUCAAAGAAUGGUGCUACAAUUUCCUCUGCUCAGGAGAGGUUGAUUUCAGCUGUCUGUCUAAGGAGGAUGUUGCAGAUGUGGAAUCUUCCCUGCUCAUCAGCAAAGUUGAAGAUGCAGCAGACAUACAGUCUCUGAUGUUGUGGGCUGAUGAAAUUGUCACCUGUGGAUACACAAACCAGAUAAAGAUGGAUAGUAAGGAAAGCAUGAUACGUGCCAUUGUCUUACACUCUACAACAAGACUGAUUCCAAUGCUACAGCAGCUCAGAAAGGGCAUGGAACUGUAUGGUCUUGUGAACCUGAUGGCUGUAAAUCCUGAAGCUUGCCACAGUUUGUUUGUGCCUGGGAAAAUCCUCAAACCAGACGCUGAUUUCAUUAUGAUGAGCUGCCAACCACAUUUCAGUGAAAAGGGGACAUCUAGGGAGAGAACUGAGAGGAAGAUCAUAAAUUUUUUGCAAGAUUUCUUGCAGGAGAUUGAAGCAUCAGAAAAGACUUCAGAAACAUUUUCAAACAUCACAGAUGGAAACACAGGCGGUGCAGGUGGUGAAAAAUCAGAGUCUCUUGCUGUCCAGCAUGUGCUCCAGUGGAUGACCGGCCAGUCCCAUGUUCCCAUCCUUCCUGAUGAAAAGAGACAUUUCAAAAUAACAUGCAAGUUUGACCACGAAUGUAAGGAGCGGCUGGGAGAUCACUCAAUUUGUUACCCAGUUGUGAGCAUGCACUUGUACUGUGACUUUUCCAGUGCAGCAUCUGGACACGUACACAAUGUUUAA